AUGGCAACUCCAGUAGACACAGACCCUGUACCUUCAAAUCGUCGCAAGGGCAAUCGCUCGGAAGGUCUCGAAGCUCGACUCAAGCGUAUAGAAGAGCAUUUGGAGCAGGUUCUCAACGCUGCUAAAGACGCCCAUUCUGCCAAACCGCCAACAUGUUCACCAGAGAGCCAUUCCAGCAUUGGCGAUGCAUCAGAUUCCGUUCCCAGCAAGGGAGGAAUCGACGAAGAUCUGGCUAAACUAGGCGUCUAUUCGUGGAAAUUCGAUCCUGUCCGUCCAGUCGUCUACGAAGGUCCCCAACCAAACUCACUUGACCUCCCUCCCCUCGAAGAGGUUCUCCCCAUAGCGAACCACUACUUUUCCACCUUCAACACUGUCAUUCCGCUUUUCCAACAACCAGUGUUUAUGAAACUUCUUAGAUCAUGGUACAAUCAACCAAAUACGCGCGACAGGGCAAGGUGGGCAGCUAUUCAAUGCGUCUUGGCAAUCGGGUACCGCACGCCUCAACUUUCUCUUACGGAUAGCCAAGUUGCCCAGGUUGAAAAGGCGGACCAGUGUUUGCGGAAUGUUCAAAGCGUCGUAUCAGAACUUGUCACGCGUGAGGAUGAUUUACUCGGUGUUCAGGUCCUGCUGGGUAUCGUGAUGUUGUUUCAGAACAGUCGCGAUCCAAAACCUGCGGGUGUCAUUAUUGGGACAGCGUUGCGGUUGGCCCAUAGGUUGAGAUUACAUUCACAAGAAGCGGCGAUGAGUUUUCCCGCUGCCGAAGCGGAACAUCGAUCACGAGUGUUUUGGAUUGCGUAUGUUCUUGACAAGGAAGCAACACCGACAGAGUGUCUGAUAUGGGCACUGCGCUCUGUCGUCGGGGAUCUGAGCCAACGAGCGCAAGAUGCAGUUGCGGCACAUCGACAAUAUCUCAAGAGUUUGGGAAAGGAUAUAUACGAGCCAAUCGAUGUUGAAGAGGCACUUGUGCAAGAGCUGGACUUUUUGCCCACUAAUGAUGGGCUCGAGAAUAUCGAUGGACCAUUUGCCGGGCUGGAAUCAGGUGUGGAUUUUGAUGUUUUUGGGUUUGGUCAGGAUGGGAGUGGGCAGGGUUUUGUAAACGAUGACACGAAUACUUGGUUUCUACCUGGAUGA